AUGAAUCUUGAUGAAAAUAUAGAAGAAGAUGCAGAAGAGAUUAAUAUAACUGAAAAAGAUAAUGAUAAAUAUAUGAACAACUAUUCGAAUAAUUUAAGUAAAUCAAAAGCUUUGGCUAAUUUAUAUGAAAAAGAAAUACUUCAAGAUUAUAUAAUUUAUCCUGCUAACAAUUUGACAAUAAAAUAA